AUGCGAUCCCGUUUUACUUUUCUUUUUCGUCGAAAACUUAAACUUCAAAUUAUUACAACUAGUUUAACUGGAGGAUUAGUUGCAGGUUAUAUAUUUUCAAAAUAUAAACCUAUCGUUCGUGCAGAAGCUGACAUAUCUGUCAAAGUUGGAGAACGAAUAUCAACAUUACCAACUUACAGUAUGACUGAAGUUGCAAAACAUACAACAGCAGAGAAAGGUUAUUGGCUUGCUUAUAAAGAUGGUGUCUAUGAUAUAACUUCAUAUGUUGAAAAUCAUCCAGGUGGUAAAAUGGUUCUUCGAUCUGCUGGUAAAGCUUUAGAGGCUUGUUGGAAAAUUUUUACUAUGCACGAUAUGGAUCAUGUUUAUGAAAUCUUAGAAGAAUAUCGAAUAGGAAAUUUGCCACCAGGUGAAAGAGAAGUGAAUCAACGUGAACAAGAAAAAAUUACUGAUUUAUUUCAAUAUGAUCCUGAACGGUUAAAUAUAAAAGAAAACUUUUUCGUUCGUUCAAAAAGACCGUUCAAUGCUGAAACAAAACCUUCUGUUCUCGUUUCAUCAUUUAUAACGCCAGUUGAGCAAUUUUUCGUACGAAACCAUAUGCAUGUACCAUUUGUUAAUAUCAACGAAUAUAAAUUAGAAAUUGGUAAUGGAAAAUCAACUCAUUCACUUUCAUUUGAUGAUCUAACAGAAAAGUAUCAGUCACAUACAAUAACAUCAACAUUAGCAUGCUCUGGUAAUCGUCGUGGUGCGAUGAAUAAUGACGAACAAGGAACAAUCAGAGGUGCACCAUGGUACGUUGGGGCUAUUGGAAAUGCUCGUUGGACAGGUGUUAGGUUACGUGAUGUUUUGCAAUCGUUGGGUCUUGAUAAAGAAGGAAAAUAUGUACAGUUCUAUGGUCUUGAUUGUGAAACACCAAAAAGAUGCUAUGGCGGAUCUAUUCCAAUAGAAAAAGCAUUGAGUGAUGAUGUAUUAAUUGCAUACGAAAUGAACAAUGAAUCAUUAACUCGAGAUCAUGGCUAUCCAUUACGUAUAAUUGUGCCGGGUUCAAUUGGAGCACGUAGCGUUAAAUGGGUCAAUCGAAUUGUUGUUUCCGAUAAAGAAUCCGAUAGUCCUUGGCAAAUAUUUGAUUAUAAACUUCUACCAACAUCUGUAAAACAACCACAAAAAUCUGAUUAUGAUGCUGCACCGGCUAUACAAGAUUUAAAUGUUAACUCAGCUAUUUGUUAUCCGUCGUCGAAUGAAGAUGGAAAUAAAGUUAAAAUUCUAUCGGUUCAACCAAAUCAUAAUGAUAUUAAAAAUAAAAAACUAACAAUAAAAGGCUAUGCUUUAAGUGGAGGUGGAAAACAAAUACAAAAUGUACAAGUUAGUCUUGAUCAUGGAAAAACAUGGCUACAAGCAGAACUUGAACAACUCGCAGAGCCUCAUAUGCGCGCAUGGGCAUGGACUCUAUGGACUUAUCAUAUACCAUUUGAUGAUUUACCUUCGAAGCCAUUUGAUAUUAUUUGCCGUGCAACGGAUACAAAUGCGAAUAGUCAACCUGAGAGUCCAGUAGGCAUAUGGAAUGUUUUAGGUCAUAUGAAUAAUGCUUGGCAUAAAAUAACUUUACAAAUCGAUGAAAAGUGUCUUAAAAAGGGUUCAUGA